AUGGCUCACGCAUACACUGUGCAAGAUUUUGAUUACUAUAUGGCUGAAGUUAAUCGAAUUGAUCAUCGAGUGAAGACUUACCUGUAUGAAAUUGGCUGUAGUAAAUGGUCAAGGGCACAUUCCACAAGUAAUAGAACUAUGACCAUGACAUCUAACAUAGCAGAGUCGCUUAACUUAGCAACAAAAGACGCACGAGAUCUCCCAGUAACAAGGCUACUUGAAGAGAUGCGUAAAUUAAUUGAGAAAUGGAACUAUGACAAGUCAAAAGAAGUUCUGUAUACAAAUACCAAACUUACAGCAAAUUAUGAAUCAAUUCUUGCUGAUAACCUGGAAAUUGCACUACAUAUGAUGAGAGGAAUGCCAAAAUGGUGCAUCUGCCAUGUAAAGCAGACUUGA